CUAAGCUUCCUUCUUUUGAUUCCAUGUAUCUGGUGCGAUGUUGACGGCAAAGAAAACCAACAUGGAGCAACCGAGUAGUAGUUUCCAUGAUGAGCGCGCGAGUGGAACCUGUGUCGUCUUCUUCAAUCGUGGUACCGCGGGUCAUUUUAAUGGCUGCCGUGCGUGGUUCACAGAAAGGAAUGGCCAGAUUGCUCGCAUGGUCGGCGCCGAGAUGUUAGGGACAUUCAUCAUGAUCUUCAGUGUCUAUGGUGUAAUCUCCAGCACAGUGAUGACGCAGGGGAGAAUUGGUCUGAUGGAGUAUGCUGCAACUGCUGGGUUUUGCGUCGUCCUCCUGGUGUUCGCCAUCGGACCCAUAUCUGGAGCUCAUGUCAAUCCAUCUAUAACGAUUGGCUUUGCAGCCUCAGGCCAAUUCCCUUGGUCUCAGGUACCUGCAUAUGUUGUAGCACAAACUGGUGGGGCCAUACUUGCAGCCUAUGUGGGGCAGAAAGUGUAUGAAAUACAAGGGGAGUUUGCAGUGACGCAGCCGCUUCAGGGCCGGAAGGCGGCGUUCUGGACUGAAUUCAUGGCCACCUUCUUCAUCAUGUUCCUUGCUUCAUCCUUGUCUACCAACGCUCAUCUUGUAGGGCAACUCUCUGGUGUUGCUGCAGGAGCUUCAAUUGCACUGGCAGUGAUGAUCACAGCACCCAUAUCUGGUGGCUCCAUGAACCCGGCGAGGUCCCUGGGUCCGGCAAUCAUCUCGAACCGGUAUGGAGAUAUAUGGCUCUAUGUACUUGCACCCACUAUCGGGGCCGUGGCCGGCGCCUUCACCUACAGGUUGCUGCACCUACCGCACCCACCCUGCCCGCCGAAUGAGCCCAGCCGGGUUUCAAGUGGUUGUGGUGAAGCUUAAGAAACCGGUCAACAGUUUAAGUUUAUUUGUACAUGAUACUGCUUGUAACAUUCAUGAGCUUCAACAGAAUUU